AUGAGGGUGAACAUGAUGGUGAACUGGUAUGACUCCAUAUGGAAAACUCCAUAUGGAAAACUCCAUAUAACCAUUGCUCCCCGCCUCUUGCGCGGAGCUCCACCUGCCAAUCGCGACGACCCACGUGUCGUGCGCCAGCGAAUAACGAGCGUGCUUGGUUCCUGCGUGGCGUCCGCCGCAAUUGUCGCGGGUGUCGCGAAAUUCGGCCUGUUGGACAACGCCCAUGCCCCUCUGCCCUCCGUUCCUCGUCUUCUUUCUCUGCAACCUGACUACCUGGUAAGCUACAUCUUUAGACUGCUAUUGCUUACAAGUGUUGCUGCUGCGUCUGUUCCGCAUGCGUAUAAACCGCUGGUGCUGCCACUGCUUCCGUCUGACCUGCUGUUCCAUGCCCGCAACCUGGUGGUGGCUCCUCUCAGCGAGGAGUUUGUUUUUCGGGCAGCCCUGUGUCCGCUUCUUCUUGCGGGCGGCUUCUCAGUCACCUCCACGGUUUUCAUCUGCCCGCUGUUCUUCAGCCUAGCACACGGCCAUCACAUCUGGAACCUAGUGCACUACCAUCGCUGCUCCCUUCCCCAAGCUCUUGCCAUGGUUGGGUUCCAAAUGGCCUUCACGUGGGUGUUUGGCUGCCUCGCUGCCUUCAUCAUUCUGAGAACAGGCAGCCUGUGGGCGUCAGUGGCAGCUCACGCUUUCUGCAAUGCCAUGGGGGUCCCGGAUUUUCAAGCAGCCCUGACACACCGGCACAGAUACGUGAUAUGCUCAGCAUUUGUAGCGGGAGUGGCCCUGUUUGCGGCAUUGGUCAACCCACUCACAGACCCGCCUCUGUUCAACAGACCAGUUGCAUCCUGCCACGUCAGCCUUGGGUUCUGCAAGUGGCAGUGA